AUGCGCCUCGCGCUCGCCAUCUCCGUGCCGGACCACGCGGGGCUCGUCGACACGGACUCCGUCUGGAUCCGCGCGGCCGAGCUCAUCAGCGUCGGUGCCCACGGAGGACACGACGGCUGGACGCGGCAGCACGCGAUCCCGACACUGGGCUGGGCAUCGACACCUCUGUCAUCUCUUCAUGUUGCCGCUGAGGUGGAGUGGCUAAAUCACAACAUACGGCAGCGCAUUGCAGCGCCCAACCCCAAUUCUGAACUUCGCAAGGCCAAGCCGAAGAGAACUCAUGAAGCGAUAGCUACUUCAUUAGAAAGGUGA